AUGGGGCGCUUCUACCGGUGCACCCGUGCGGACGGGAGGUCGGUCCACCUGAGAGUCCAAGAGGUCGAGAUGAUGGAUGCGAUGACGGCAUUCACAAGCAAGGCCAAGGCAGUCCACCCGAAUCCUGGUCUGAGCGCAAAAGGCGACGAGUCCGACGACUUGGCGGUGGAGCUGUUGAAGCCGGCCAACAAGUGCAGGGUUUAUCAGCACCUUAAGAACGCCACCGACACCUAUGACACCAUUAUCGAUGGGUCUUGGGUACACUGGUAUGGGGACGACUCUUCACGAAAGCUGAGAGCCAUGGCACGCUGCGUCCGCAAGGAUGGCAAAGUUGAAGUGGAGCUGGCCUUUCGUGGCACCAGCAACUUUCAGGAGGUCCUGACCGAUCUGGAUUUUGGCCUGUCUGAUCUUGGGAGCAUUGGGUGGUCAGAAUGCGGUCGAGUUCACAACGGUUUCCUGUCCAGCUAUCGGCAGCUUUGCAGAGAGGAUGGGGGUCUCCAUCCAAAGCUCAGCUGCGAACUUCGAAAGCAACGGGAACCGGGCAUCGUCAGAAUCACGGGCCACAGCUUGGGAGGGGCACUGGCAACGUUGGCGGCCUACGACUUGGCCAUGCGGGGCUACUCUGUGGAGUGCGUCACCUUCGGCUCACCACGGGUCGGUGACGAGGACUUCAAGGAAGCUUAUGCUGGCAAGGUGAAACGCACCGCUCGCUUCAUCAACAAGUUCGACCCCGUGCCCCGGCUGCCCUGGAACGCGAGGGACGAGGAGAGGAGCAGCGACGCUGAUGCUGUGCAUUUGGCCUGUGGCACAUUCUUGGCCCUUCCACAGCUUGGGCUUCAGUAUGGCGCCUACGGAGAGGAAGCCUGCGGAAGUUUCGUCCACGUCUGCCCUGCUACCCAGCUUGACGUCGGAGUGUAUGGCAGCCUCAAAUUCUGGGGCGAGGUGGGAAUGUACGGCCAGCUCUUUUGGGACCUGAAGGACGGGAAGUUGGACGCGAACGAGAUUGCCUCACAGAUUGUUGACAUAUACAACUCACAGGACCUCGCCGCGGCACUGGAGGGUACCGGAAAGGCAGUUUCUGAGGUCGAACGCGAGGCUUCCCAGGCCAAGGCCUUUCUGGAGUGUCUUGCAGAAGCUUUGCUUCCGCACGCGCUGGGCUUCUACAAGUCGAACCUGGACAUGUGCUUUUCCGGCAUGGGCAAGUUCCAACCUGCAGAAAUGCUCAAGGUGGCUCAGCGCUACAAGGAUGUCGUGUGGAGACUAGGCAGCAGCUUGAUCGACACGAAGCCAGAGGUGGAGCAGGUACAACCGGUUGGGCACAUCUUCCGGAAGAUCGAUUUCAAGAUGAUGAGCAGUCUCUUCCCGGGCGUCAGUGCGCAAGCUGCGGGUGUUGCCAUGGUAGCCAGCGGUUUUGCUGGUACAUGGUAUGGGCUGUGGGUUGUCCGAGGCAAGUUGGAUCAUGUUCGUGACGAGGUGGAUGCAGGCUUUAAAGGCCUGCAGGAUUCAUUGGCUACGAUGGCUGACAGAAUCUGCGACACGAUUUGUCAAGGGAUCCGGUUGAAUUCGUUGGAAACGAGCCAGAGACGCGUCAUGGCGAGGGCGGCGACGUCAAAAGUCGUUCCUCAAGAAGGUGCACAAGGGUUUUUGCAAGAGUUUCUGACAGAUCUCAUGGACCUUGUCCAAGCCAUUGACAGCGUGAUGAAGGAGAAAGUCUCGGCUUCAUUUGGGGCCAUCGACAGUUUUUGUGAAGCAGCAUAUCUUUACGCGCUGAUGGUGAUGAAGUUCCAGGUGAGAGAAGAUUUCGGCAAGCAUAUGCAAGUCCUCUUCAAGCCUAUUCUCCGUCACCUGCAUAGACUCGCAUGGGAGCACCAACCAUGGCCUGGCUUGUACGAGCAUAUGCCCGGGGCUUCUGGCUUCGUGAACUUUUGGCUGGAGGCGGUGCAGCCCACGGUGGGCUCCAACUCCGCUCUUGCCGUGGCGGAUUUGGACAGUGUGGUCCCGCUCAAAGUAAAGCUGGCUCUUGAUCCUGACAGUAGCAAGGCCCGUUUCGAGCUGGCACUGAACGAUUCGAUGCCCGACUCUUGCGUGAAAUGGUUUCAACACAUGGAGAGGCAAGGGGACUUGUAUGCGCGAUGUGUGAUGCUGCUGUUGCGGCAGACGCAAGAGAAUUCAGAUGACCGGUCGCUGUCGUGCUUGUGGAACAGCUUCUUGAAUCGUGGCACCCAGCAUGAAGAUGCAGAGAUGGAGAAGAUUCUCUUCGGUACAGACCACGGUGAUGAGCUUUGGCACCAAGACAUGCUCCGGUGGCAAGUGCAAUUCGGAAUCAAGCGGCUCAGGCAGAAAGAUCCAUCACAGGCCCUUGAGACGGCUAAAGCAAUGAAGAAGUGGCUUGACCGGUGCUGUGCCAGCUUUGCCCAGGAUCACGGCAUCCAGGCCUUCAAGGUAUUGCAGGGCUUGGCCACAGAUUCCAAUUCGAGCUUUGCCACCCGGGCUUUUGCAGCCGAAGCUGCGGCUGAUGCUUUAGUCAUCCAUGCCCAAGGCCUUUCCAUGCAGCACCACACGCAAGCACUCAAAUUAUUUCAGAGCCUCAAGAACGACUCUGACCUGCACUUGCGCCGACACAGCGUCAAAGCUUUGCGUGCCCUCGCUUUGCACCUCUCCGCCAAUCAUCAGGGGCAAGCACUCAGGCUCUGCCAAUCUCUGACAAAGGAUUCCGAACCAUGGGUGCUGGAGAAUGCGGUCGAAGCUUUACGUGCCCUCGCUGUGUACCUCUCCGAAGAUCAUCAUGAGCAGGCGCUCGUACUAUUACACGACUUGACCAAGCAUCAUGAUGUUCACGUUCGUGCAACUGGUGCCAGAACUCUCGGGGUCCUCGCUCCGCGGCUUGCUGACGAUCAUCAUGGAAAGGCACUCGAGCUCUUGGAGGGCCUGGUCAAUGACGGCCGUGCUGUCCGUACUUGUGCUGCAAAAGCUUUGAGCAUCCUGGCCCCCAGAGUUUCCGCAGGUCAUCAGUGCCAGGCGCGGAGGGUCUUACACGUCUUAGCGCAUUGGGCCAAGCCUUCGGAUGGUGUCGUGAAAGAAUGGAUUUCCGACGCCUUGCGUGCUGUCGCUCCUUCCCUCUCCGUCGCCGCUCAUCACGCCCGCGAGCUGUUGCAAGCCUUGGGCAAGCUUUCCAGUUCCGACGAGCGCAAUCGGGAUGGCGAAAGUUGGUUGGAACACGAGUAUUGUUGUCGUGCCUGCAGAGCCCUUGGCGCCCUGGCUCCAAGGCUUGAUGCAAAGCAUCACAAUCAGGUGCUUGAGCUUUUGCCGCCCUUGGCCAAAUAUCCUGACAGUGUCAUGCAGGUACGGGCUUUCGAAGCUCUACUGGCAGUCGCUGCAUAUCUUUCGAAAGCGCAUGCGGGGCAAGCACUCCAGCUUUUGCAGGGGUCCACCAAGGAGUCCAACGCAGAAGUUCGCGCCAGUGCUGCCAGCACAGUCAGCGCCCUCGCUCCGAGGCUUCCCAAGGCUCAUCAUGGGCGGGCACUCGAGCUCUUGAACGGCUUGGCCACGGACUACGAUUGCAAAGUUCGUGCAUUGGCUGCGGAAGCUUUGCACCGUUUCGCGUGGUGCCUUUCUUCAGACCAUACGGGCCAGGUGCUGGAACUCUUGCCGAGAAUGGCGGAAGAUCGAGAUCAUUCAGUGCGCUGGUCCGCUGCGGAGUCUUUGUAUGCUCUCAGUUUGCAAUGCUGUGAGGCUCAUCAGGGGCAGGUGCUCGACGCCAUGUUUCUCAUGGUCAGUUGCUACGAGAUGCGCGACAAGGCUGCAAUGUCCAGGGCUCUGCACGCGCUGGCUCCGCGUAUGUCUGCAAGUUCUCGCGCGAGGGCGCUCAAGCUGUUGAAGGACCUGGCUACUAAGUUUGCUCAUCCAUGGGACAAAUCGGCGAAGGAGCAUUCGACCCGAUACGUUGAGAGGCUUCCGACUGAUUCGGCCACUGAUUCUGACGUCAUCCUUGCAUGGGCUGCCAAAGCUCUCCACAUCCUCUUGCCAUACUUGUCCCAGGAUGAUGAUUUCCAUGUGCUCCGGCUCUUGAAGUCUUUCGCGCAGGAUCGAGAUGGUGAUGUUCGUGCGCUUGCUGCCAGAGCGCUGAGCACUUUGGCCCCAAGGCUUUCCGAGGAUCAUAAACAGCAGGGGCUCGAGCUCUUGAGGGGUCUGGCACAGGAUUCUGUCUACUGCGUGUCAGCUUGUGCUGACGAAGCUUUACAUGCACUUUGUCGGCGACUCGUCGUCCAGGCUUCAGAUACCGAUGCUCGCCUGCGAGCGAAAGACGCCUAUCAAUCCAGUGCUCACAUCUUCUGGACUUUGAGCCCGGAGCUCUCUCCGAAUAAGCUACGAGCAUCGGCUGCCUCGAUCCGCCGGCCCGGUGCCUUUGACGCAGGCGCCUGA